AUGACCGUUGAUGAAUACGAGGAUUUCUUCCUCGGUCUUGAGAUCAAGAAUCAAAAAAACGAGCAGGAUUUGAUUAAAAUUGCUCGUGAAGGAUUGAAGAAAGAUAUCCGUGAGGGUUUGGAAUCUGAAGAGUUUGCAACUCUUCAAGCACUCUUUCUAGAAGCAGCCACAGUGGAAGAGAUACUGGAAAUGGAAAAUUCUCCGGAAGAAAAAACUCGCAGACGUAAGAAGAGGAAGAACAGCUUAUUGGACCCGGCAGAUGAACUCCCCUGGGACAAACCGCAACCUGAAGAGGAGGAAGAGAGUGAAGACGAAGAGUCUGACAACGACUGGUCAUAUGAAGGAGAUACGAGGGUGGAAGUUGAGUACGACGACAUGGGUUUUUCCACACCAGGUUCUGUCUCUGCCGCCUCAGGUACCGUAACCAACGAAUCGGAAUCUUUAACAGCCACAAACAGCACUGCCGAUGGUGACUCACUCGCUGACUCUAGCAUCUCCUUCGCGAACAUUGUCGCCGAGAACAGCGCUGCCGGUGGUGGCUCGUCUCCGUAG